GGUGGAUACAUCUCUCCGCGGUCCAAAGACAGAGUCACACCCAAAAGCAGCAGAAUAAAGGAACACACCCAGCAGGAUAGUCCUAACCCAUCGCCCUAAACUCAGCCUGAACUUGCUGCUGCAGGGAAAACACAUUUUCAACGCCCGCUCUUCGUUUUAUUUUCCCGAUGGCCGCUAGAUCCGACAGUCUUCGUUUACUGAUGCUGAUCUUCAUAACCUGGAGGGGCAGCAUGCGGUGCUCCGCAAUCACAGUGGACCCCCCUGAGGACCUUCAUGCAGUAUUAGACCCUGGUCGUUUUGGACAUCUGGAGAUAACCUGGAGGUCACCAAGCAGCCUGAUGAACCUGACAAACUGUCAUCUGCAGUACCAGCUGGAGUACUUCAACACAUACAAGAACAAAUGGGAGGUUCUCCGGACGCCUCAGAGGACGUACAGCGCCCAGUUUGACCUGUCCAAAGAUGUCCAAGCAAGAGUUUUCACCAUUCUGAAUGGAGCGUGCACCAACAACACAAUGAUCAAGAGCAAAGACUACAAUGAGAUGGUCCUGCACCCUCCCAGGACAGGAAUUCAGGACACAGAAGCCAAAGAGUUCAUUUGUGUGUAUUAUAAUAUGGAGAAUCUGGAGUGCAGCUGGAGACGCAGCGUGAAGACGCCGGCAGGCGCGCAGCAGAGGCUAUACUUCUGGCAUAAAUCCCUUAAGCAGGCGGUGGAAUGCCCGAGCUACGUUUUGUCAGGUGGAGUCAGGAAGGGCUGCACCUUCAUGGGAAAACCUCUUCCUGCAUUCACUGACAUCUACUUCUGCGUAAACGGCUCCUCGCCCGAAGGCCCGCUGAAGCCAACAUUCUUCUCCCUGCAGGUCCAAAACCAAGUAAAGGCUUCAGCUCCAGAUAAGCUGUCUCUGCAAACCAGUUCCGACAAGCAGCUGGAGCUUCGCUGGGAGAACCCUGCUUGGAAGCUUUCUGUGCAGUGCCUGGAGUGGGAAGUGCGACACCAUCGUGUGGGAGCUGAAAAAAUACAUUCGAAGCCCAUUCACACCGAGAGCCCCAGGCUGACUCUGCCUUUAAGCAGCAGCAAUGAGAGAAACUGCUUCAAGGUCCGGUCCAGAGUGAGCUUGCAUUGUGUUGAUCACAGCUUUUGGAGCGACUGGAGCCAUGAAGCGUGCCAUCCAGUUCUGAAAACAAUAGAGGCCACACCCGAGCCAGAGUUGAAUUUCGCAUCUUUCUACAUCUACAUUGCUGUUGCCAUCAUUGCCACCCUGGUAGUGUCUCUCUGUGUGUGGGCAACAGUUAACAUGAUGAAAUCCCCACCGGAGAAGACAGUGGACUCUCUGAUUGCCAAGCUGCUUCCCAAAAAAUUAAGGCCAGGAGUUUCAAAGAUCUUCAGCGGCAAGAAAACCUGCAACGAUGUUAUCAUCUAACAGCGUUUCUGCGUCAAUGUUUUCUGUUUUUUUUUUUUAUGGUUGUCAUUAUUGUAGCACUUCUACUUGCUUCAUUUUCCACGGUGCCUGCACAGCCACGUAGACGGCAAAUGCUCUCUAUAGUGUGUUAUUUGCAAAAAUGUCCGACAUUCAGCGAUUUCUGCAAAUUGAUUCAUGUUGAUGCGUUAAACAAAAUUGGAAGAUUUAUUUAGAGGAAAAUAAAAGAGGUUUUGGUUGAUUGUUUACUUUUUGCCACAGGUCUUGCUGGCUGAAUUAUUCAGCAGAGAUUACAUGUGCCGCAGGUAUUUAGCCAUGAUGUUUUACAGUUUGCCAGAUCUCUUGCCAAGUUAUUUACUUAUCACUGAUUGCAAAGUUUUUGUUUAUUAUCAUAUAAAUAUAUAUAUAUAUUUUUUUUCAUUUUUAUCGUGAUGUUUACUUGUUUAUUAACAUGGGCCUCAAAUCUUGCCAGUGAGCUGAUGAACCAACUAUUUUUUUUUAUGUAACCAAAAGAGAAAAGUGAUAUUUAAUGCCUCCUAAAUAUGUUUUGUAUAACUGUCUCUGUUGCACACUUCGAACCAGUGAAGUCUUCAUUCACCAACCUAGUAUUUCUAAUCCAAUUUAAAGUAUAAACAUUCCUGAAGAAAUGAGUGUAAAAGUGUUUUAAUGCCAAAAUGAUUGUUUUUGUUUUAUGGUGUACACUUAAAGUCCAACAUGGGUGUUAACAUAGUUGCCUUAUUCCAACACAAGCAAACACGUUUCAUGUGUUUAUUAUAAAAGUGAAAAAUCCAGAUUCUCCCUCCGCCUCCUGGUUCAAUUAGACAUUUUCGUUACUGGUGUUUUGUGGGUUACUUUAUGACUCUAAGCACCCGGAAAUAUAAAUGGAAGUAUAGAUUUAAUGAAUGUAUGCCUUCCUCUCUGUGUCCUAUAGUCCAGUUUUUGCAUAAUCACAUUUUAUAGUAUCAAUUUACUACCUAAACAAGAAAGAGCUAUUAUUUAUGCUCCUAUACUACCUUUGAUGGAAACAAUUUAAGAAUGUCGUUUUUUUUUUGUUUUUUUGUUUUUUGGAAUUUUGUUUUCACUGUCUUCUCCUUCUUCGCAUACUAUGAUGGACAUGUCAGUCAUUUUCAGAAAAUUGUUCACAUGUGGAACAGUUUAGGUUUUGUGCGAUAAAGAAAACAAAAUUUAAGCCAGUAUUCUUUUGUCUGUUUGUGCAGCGAUUUGCACAAAAAUGAAAGCACGAAAUCUUCGAAUUGGUAAUGCAGAACAAAAUGAAACAUUUAACUGAUGAUAUUAAAGACCCUGAAAUUCCUCGGUACCUGUGCAGGUGAAUUGGAAGAAAACCUUACUGUCUGUGCAUAAAUAUCAGGGUUUCCCUAGAGACAUGUAACAGUGUUUGUUUUUAAAAGUAAAGAAUGUGCUUCCAAUGUAAAGUGGUCGUAGAUCUAUCUAUCUUUGAUUUGUGUGUAAUUCUUUCUGUAACCUAUUUUUUAAUAAAACAUAAUAAAAGAA